AUGACCAUCGACAUUUUAGAGAAAGAGCUGCACAAGGACCUGAAAAAUUAUGACGAAACAUGUGAUGAAAGAUUGCAAGAAGCCGAAAUAUCUUUUGAGCUGGCCGACGACAGAAUGAAGAGACUCAUAACCAACUAUCAGUCACUCAUCCCACUAUUGGAAGCUGAAGCGCAAGAGAAAUAUCUUCAACAACAUGAAGAAUUCGUCAACCGAUUUCACAAGAUGAGCAUCGAUUGGAGGAGGAGGAGACCAGCUGAGAGCAGACGAAGCCCUCAACAACGAGAACCCGUACUUCAAGUCGCUGCGCAGAGUGAAGAGGAGACAUCUCCAACUACGGACACUGCACCUGCAACAAAUGCACUUACUUUGCAGCCAACUCCAAACGUAAUGAGUAUAUCACACCUGCUACCCAGAAUAGAAAUAACCAAAUUUGAUGGUGACCUGAGCAAAUGGAGGGAUUGGUGGGCGAUUUUUCGAACACUAAUCCACGAAAACCAAACCAUGAGGCCCAUUGAAAAAUUUAGCAGGCUAAAAUUACACAUAACGGGGGAAGCUGCUGGUGCGAUUUCGUAUUUGGACCUGACGGAAGACAAUUACAACAAGGCAAUAGACAUUCUAAACGGGAAAUACAACAAACCGAGAUCGGUAAAAGCCGACCAUUACAUUGCAAUCACAGAAUUGAAAAAAGUAGAACGUCAAGAAGACCACAAGGCCUUACGACAACUACACGACAAGGCAAUGGGUCACGCUUUAAACCUCGGUAACCUAGAACAGUCUACAGCUCAAAACGAAGCUAUUAUGGAGAUCAUCACAAGAAAACUGCCGAUUGACUUAAUAUCAAGAUGGCACGGAGAAUCCAGACGGUCUCAAAAGACAUUAAAAGAUCUCUUUAGUUUUAUUGACUCCAUAGCUGAAGACUGGGAAUACGCCUAUUCCACAAAGAGACACGAGAAGAAGAAAACGAAACCAGAGGCACCAGAAAAACCACAACGAGUCACGUUCGCAACAACGCCAACGGCAGCUGAGUUAUCAGUCACAGGGACUGCAACUGAAUACCCAAGAAAUCCAAAGUACCGGAAACAAAUUAACUUGGAAAUAAGAAGAUGUUUAUUUUGUAAUGAUAAACACCCCCCGACGAAAUGUGAUAUCACACUAGAGAAGAAAAUUGAGCAAGUCAAAAAAAAAAAAAGGUGUUGGAAGUGCCUUGGACAAAAUCAUACGGUGAAAGAGUGUUGGAGUAUAAGCAAGUGCUACAAAUGCGGAAAAGAUCACCACACGGCCAUCUGCAACAGGGCAGUUAAUCCGAAAUCGGUGACGGCAACAGUAGCUGCAUCUCCAAUGUUAAAGGUAGCAGAUGACGCUCCUCUUUCAAUAGAAGCACGCCUAUUUGGUGGCGUAUACGUCCAAACGGCAACAGUAAUAGUGGAAGGCCCGAAAGGAUGGCUGAAAGCUAUUGCUUAUAUCGAUCAAGGAUCAAAUGCAACCUUAAUUCGAAGCGAGCUCGCUCAAACUCUAGGACUACAAGAAGUCGGGAAGAUCAAUCUGAAGCUGCAAGCAGUGGGACACAUGCAUCCAGAAAAAGAACGGAGCGUAAGAAAGUUGCGACUUCGAGGACUCAUCCCACAAGCCGAAGAGAUUGAAUUGGAAGCGAUCGAGCAGCCCGAAAUCGGGAAGGUUGCUGAAUCAAAAAAGACAGAAUUUGUCAGCGAACUCUGGAGUCAAGGAUACCAACUCGCAGAUGACAGAAUUCUAAGCGGAAGAGCAGGACCAUGCCAAAUCGACGUCAUGAUCGGAGCGAAUCAAGUCUGGAAGGUUCUUGGCUCAAAACAGAUCGUGUCGAAAACGGGUAUUCGAGCGAUAGAAAGCAAAUUUGGAUGGUUGUUACUUGGGCAAGAUGAGACAGUUGCGACAUCGUCCAACACGGCAAUCGGCUUUCUCUUAAAAGCGAAACAAGGAACACUAGAAAAUUUGGAAGAAAAAACAGACCCGAAAACUGACGAAAUAAAUUUCGCCAGAUGGUGGAAGCUGGAAAGCUUGGAUCCACUAGAAAAAUUCCACUAUCCAUACAGUGGAAAUCCUAUUCAGACUCCAUCGUUCAAGAUGAGGAUGGACAUUAUGUAG